UUAAUGCUCAACAUUGGCAAAAAGAGCUUUGGGGUAUUUGGUUUUGGUUUAAGAAAGAUGAGGAUGGGGAAAUUAUUUUCCAAAAGACUUGGAGUGUUUGUUAUAAUAUUUGUGUUUGCCAUAGCGAUAGCAGAAUGCCGAAAACUUGAGCAGACCCUUGGAGGUGGUUUUGGUGGAGGAGCUGGAGGCGGUAUCGGUGGUGGCCAUGGUGGUGGUUUAGGUGGAGGUUUUGGAGGUGGGGCUGGCGGUGGUGUUGGAGGUGGUGGUGGUGGUGGUUUUGGAGGUGGAAUCGGUGGUGGUGUUGGAGGUGGAGUUGGAAAAGGUGGAGGCAUUGGAGGAGGAGGCGGAGCUGGCGGUGGUGUAGGUGGAGGACACGGAGGUGGUGCAGGUGGUGGAGGAGGUAUUGGUGGUGGUGUAGGUGGAGGACAUGGAGGUGGAGUUGGUGGAGGUAUUGGAGGAGGAAAAGGUGGAGGUAUUGGUGGUGGUGUAGGUGGAGGACAUGGAGGUGGUGCUGGCGGUGGUUUUGGAGGAGGAAAAGGUGGAGGCAUUGGUGGUGGUGUAGGUGGAGGACAUGGAGGUGGUGCAGGCGGUGGCUUUGGAGGCGGCAUAGGUGGAGGACAUGGAGGUGGUGUUGGCGGUGGUUUUGGAGGAGGAAAAGGUGGAGGCAUUGGUGGUGGUGUAGGUGGAGGACAUGGAGGUGGUGCAGGCGGUGGCUUUGGAGGCGGCAUAGGUGGAGGACAUGGAGGUGGUGCAGGUGGUGGCGGUGGCUUUGGAGGCGGCAUAGGUGGAGGACAUGGAGGUGGUGCUGGCGGUGGCGGCGGCUUUGGAGGCGGCAUAGGUGGAGGACAUGGAGGUGGUGCUGGCGGUGGUUUUGGAGGAGGAAAAGGUGGAGGUAUUGGUGGUGGUGUAGGUGGAGGACAUGGAGGUGGUGCAGGUGGUGGUGGUGGCUUUGGAGGUGGUGUAGGUGGUGGAGGCGGUGCUGGUGGAGGAAUUGGAGGGGGAUUUUAGUUGCCAAAUGUUGCAUGCUAAAAAAUAUUGUAACUUGUACACGUGCAUACUAAUGCAUGGUGUAAUUGAUACGGCAUGACAUAAUGCCGUACUAAUAUUAUUGAGCAAAAUAAGGAAGUUUUCUAGUUUCUAUUACAA